GUGAAAUUGUUAUGAGAAAAGUUAGUAGUGACUGCGCAAUCGUACCGCAGGCGGCAAGAGACGCGCACCCCACAACUUCACGUCGUUCUACGUUCCGAAGUUAACGCAAAGUUCCGCCAUUUUGGAACAUGCUCACAACCCACUUGUUUUAUAAAGAAACUUUUUAUUAAUUCCUGUGGGCCGCGGAGUGUCAGUAAGAUGUUUUGAGGUUAGGCUGUGAGUCGAUAUGUACGUUUUUGUGGCUCUGGACCGGUGCUUUACUGUGUAAGUGACUGUGUUGUAGAGGUUCGCGAGUGUUUCCGAAGAUUUCAGAUGUUGUUUUGAAGUGUUUCACGCGUGACGUUUUCCGGAUGAUGCUCUUGUGAUUUGUGUUUACUUCAGCAAGCGUAAGGAGGACGCUACGAUCUCGUCUUGACCUUGCUUAUGAACCGGACGUACGGGGAAGUGACAGGAUGUCACGCAAGGGGCGGGAGAGUUACACCAUUCGCCACUUACUACAGUUGCCGAAUGCAAGGUCGUCGCCUGGUCCACAUCCUCCCGCGCCAUCUAUCAAGGCAUCAUUAAGGCAUCGACUGCCGUCGCCAACUGAUCAAGAUGCGCGGGACUGCGACGACGUCAACACUGACAAGAAUGAAGAAGAAGUAAAAAUAACACACAAGCUUUUCCGACCAUCUACCUCAAAUUCGACGGCGCCGUUGAACACACACUCGACGCUGUCACACCUAAAUAAAAGGAGGCUGGAGUUCGGCGUAGAUAUUGAAGCUUUCAGAGUGAACGACAGAAGACUAGAUCGCGUAGACAGCGAAGCGUCCAUGGACGAAGACGCGGCUGCUAAGCGGCGUAGACGACUUCUCGAUGACGACAGAAGAGACGAAAUCGAUUCCUACCACAGAACUUUCACUGUACACAGACCUAACAUUCUACGUCAUCCGAGUGAAGACGCAGAAUCGCUUUUGCAAAGGACACAAAACGCUCUAAAGUCUCUUAGUAGCUGGCCCCGAGAUCAGCCGUCUCUACCUAAUGGUGAUGAAAAUGAAGAUGCAAACGACUUUGAUAAUCUGUUUAAUGAUAAGCGAUCAGAUAAAAUGUUACCGUCCUCUCCGUCACAAUCGUCAGAUAGCGCACAUUCACAAAGAAGUUUCACGACACACCAAAACGAUGAGUCUAAAUCCCAUGCAUGUGAAAGAAUAGAAAACGCAGAAGUUCCUUACAGAGACCCUAAAAUGGAAAGAGAAAAUAGUAUAGACAACUACGAUAGAGGAGAUAAAUCUCCAAACCAUUAUGAUACGCCUAAUUUUGAUGAACUUGUAGACUCGUCAUCCAACGAAUUAGAAAUUGAUAUGUCGGAUCGAAACGACGACAAGUAUGAAGAUGACCGGGAAGCUAAAAGAAGAAAAGCUGAAAUAAUUGCUGUCAACAAACAAUCGCUAUAUAACGCUUACAAAGCUGCAACAGCUUCUUUGCCUUAUUCAACACAGUCCGCAUUCAAACCUCCAGCGGAAGUUAAGCACAAAAUACAUGGAUCGUCUUUUCCCAGUGAACCUUUCGGGGGUUAUUCAAAUGAUCACGAGAAGAGUUCACUGCAUAAGGUGUCAAAACAGUACACAGUGCUGCAGCCCGCCGGCGCAGGCUCGCGCGCCGCCACGGCGCUGCAGGAAGCGCGCACCGUGCCCUCCACUCAGCCAGCCCGAGAUUCGCGUCCCCUCACUGCACUCUCUCCGCCAGUCGUCAGAGAAGGCAACAAGUGUCCAACUCCUGGCUGCAAUGGGCAGGGCCACGUUACUGGCCUCUAUACGCACCACCGCAGUCUGUCAGGAUGCCCAAGAAAGGAUAAAGUUACACCUGAGAUUUUGGCACUGCACGAGACAAUCCUAAAGUGUCCGACGCCGGGGUGCAACGGCCGCGGCCACGUCAGCUCCAACAGAAGCACGCACCGGUCUCUGUCCGGCUGCCCCACUGCCGCCGCGCGCAAAGCCGCCGCUCGCUCACAGAGAGGACGACCCCCAGUGCAAUUACAAGCAUUAGCACCAGCGCCCGUCUCCAUCUCGGUGUCAGUGACGUCCGCGUCCACGGACAGCGGGGCCGCGUCCCGCUCGCGGGAGCGCCCGCAGGCGGCGUCGCCGCGCACUCCGCCCGUGAAACGCGAAGCCCCCGAGCUGCUGGUGCCCAAGAGAGAGGCCGCCGAGCCCGAGCGCGACUCUCCCGGCAUGGAGACGCGCCACGCCGGCUACGGCGCGCCGCCCGACCAGAGGUCCCCCUACGAGCGCCCGCCCGACGACCAUGUGCGCUCCUACAGUCAAAUGAACGAAGCUCGAUACGGCUACGAGUCUCGGUGCUACGAAGGCGCGCCGGCUUUCGAGCGGUACGACCCGGCGCAGUGCCCGCAGCGACCCUACCAAUGGGAGGAGGAGCGGUACCACGACCCUCAUCUACCCACACCUAUGAAAACGGACCAGUCCGAGCAAGAAGCGAGUACUGGACCCAUAUACCCUAGACCGAUGUACCAUUACGAAGCUGGUGGAGUAGGCGGCGUGGCGGGCGUGAGCGCGAUGGGACCGGGUGUGCCCCCCGGUUUCUCGGCGAUCAAUCUAUCCGUGAAGAUUGCUGCGGCACAGGCGCAGCGAGCUCGCAGUCCAACACCGAGGGAUCCCAGAGAUCCUCGUCCGGCAGAUCUUUCUACGUCUAAUGGUAGUCCACAGGGUCCAUACGCAUCACCGGUGUACACGAGCGCCGGUGGCGGAGGCGCGGCCGGGCCGCGGGGCAGCCCGGCGCCCGGCGCCUCGCCUCAGCUCACGGCCAGCCCUCAGGUCCCCAGUCCACAAGGCCAGACCCUCGACCUUAGCGUGUCCCGUUUACCACAUAGUCGAAGUUUUCCUGGCGGCGUUUCAUAUAGUCGAGAAUCAACGCCAGACAGUGGCGGAAGCCAUCCAUAUCUAGAAGCAUACCAUCGAGACACUGCUGGUUACGGCGGCGUCAGUCCUCACCCCGUGGCGGGCUACGGGCUCGCGCAGCCGGACUACGCGGCGGCGGCGGCGGCGGCCGGCUACGGCGGCUACCAGUACCAGUGCGGCGCGUACCCCCCGCCGCCCGCCUACCCGCCGCACGCGCCGCCCUACUCUCCGCCCUGCUACAUGCCGCCGCCGCACGCGCCGCACGACAAACCUAAGGAUAGCAGCUAUCAGCGCGACGACUAUUACGGAAAACCGGGUUACCGGAUACGAGAGUCGAGAGAACUAAUCCAGUGCCCCGUCGAGAGCUGCGACGGAUCCGGUCACAUUUCAGGCAACUUCGCCACCCACCGCAGUCUCUCCGGGUGUCCGCGCGCCGACCGCUCGCAGCUGCAGCCGCAUUCGCAGGAGCUGAAAUGCCCCACGCCCGGCUGCGACGGCUCCGGCCACGUCACCGGCAACUACUCCUCGCACCGGUCGCUCUCCGGCUGCCCCCGAGCUAACAAACCGAAAAGCAAGCCAAGAGAUGGACAGGACUCGGAGCCGCUUAGAUGCCCAAUACCGGGCUGUGACGGUUCUGGACACGCUACUGGCAAAUUCUUAUCGCAUCGAAGUGCUUCGGGGUGCCCGAUUGCGAAUCGCAACAAAAUGCGAGUACUAGAAAGUGGAGGAACAGUGGAACAGCACAAAGCAGCCGUGGCAGCAGCGGCGUCCGCAAUCAAAUUCGACGGAGUGAACUGUCCCACACCAGGAUGUGACGGAUCCGGGCAUUUAAACGGUUCGUUUCUGACCCAUCGCUCGCUGUCCGGCUGUCCGAUCGCCGGAGCUGCAACUCCCACGCCGCCGAAGAAGCCCAAGUAUCCAGACGAUAUCACGCCGCUAUACCCGAAAUCAUACUCAGGUACAGAUAUUAGCAUGCAAACUGGGAACGGUGAAGAUCUUAUGACAUUGGAGCAAGAAAUAACCGAACUUCAACGUGAGAACGCUAAAGUCGAAUCGCAAAUGAUACGUCUAAAAUCUGAUAUCAAUGCUAUGGAAUCGCAACUCAGCCACGGAGAAAGAGAGAAUCAACAAAUGCAUCACAGCAACAACAACUUCCACGAGUAUUACAAGGGCCUCUGCAAUAACGUAAUAACUUUAUUGGAAACCGUCCGGCUCCCAGGGGGAGGCACCGCUCCCGCACCCACUGCCCUCGGAACACCCGGGGCGCCUCCUCCGCCAGGCCCCGGGGAGAAACCUGCCUACGAUAACUUCGACUCAUAUUUGACCAAACUACAGACUCUAUGCUCUCCCGAUGGCUACUGUCCUGACGAGAAUCGACCAAUCUAUGAAACGGUGAAAAAUGCACUGCAAGACUUCACCGUGCUUCCCACGCCUAUUUAAGUGUCACCCAGCGCCGCCGAAAACGAGCGACAGUGAUUUCGUUAGCCAUCACACGAUCGGCGGAGCUUAUUUACAAAAGGAAACACUUCCUGCUAGUGCGCUAUACAAACAAUUUAAUAUAGCUAUUUACCAAAGGUGUACUAUAAAAAGACUGUUGACAAAAUGUCAAAUCGAAUACAGUGAACGAUGUAGUUGUGUACAGUGUAUCGGCCGUGCGAAGGGUCCUUCGGACGUUAUGUGUUCUAUUUAGAUAAUGAUGUCUAUUUUAUAAACCGUUGUAUACGAUGUGUGACUUCUGUGAGUCAUCGCGUUAAAGCUCGAAAAAUUCGACUAUUUAUCAUUAAGGUGGACUUAAAUUUAAAUGAAUUUUAAACACUGUUACUCGUAUUAUGCUUAUAGUUAAGUAAGUUAACUUUAGGGAAAGUUUAUACAAUUGUAUUUAAGCGAUUUAGUCCCACACAACACACCAAAAGGGAUUGACUUAAGUAAGGGUGUAAAUAUGUACGUAACUCAUUAAUUAGAUUAUGUCCUAGAUACCGAACUACAGCCAAGGUAGCCGGUGUAUAGUGAAAAUGUGAGGUCGUUUUACCGAACAAACAAACAUAAAUAGCAAUUAAUAAGAAUGUUAUACGUACUGCGUUUUAUGUUCAUACUGGGUAUGUGCCAAAUGCUUCCGCAGGAGCACCCGACCGCUAACGUUUUAAGACUAUUAUUGAUAUAGGUGGAAACGAAACGAAAAUAAACAAACUUUUAGAAGACUCUAGUCACUUUGUAAAUAAAUUGUGAAUACAUAGUUGUCACGUCGUAAGGACGUUAAUAUUUAUAUUAGAGAAUAAAACGAUCUCAUUAGAUCAAGUAAGUUAAAUAAUUCAGUCAUUAAUUGAUAACCAAAUUAGGGAUAAAUUGAUAAUUUCUUUGUUAGCCAAUGUUUCACUUGCUGUGAUUAUGUUACAUGUUAUUUAUUGUUACCUUUGAGGAUGUGAUAGCUCGAAUCGAGGCGGGUUAGCGUUAUUUUGCAAUCUAUUAUUUGAUGCGCUUCACGAAAAUAUGUGCAAUUAUUGUUUAUUACUUAUUUGUAGAAGCGAUGCGUAACGUUUUCCGUUGUAAAUUAUUGUGGAUUCACUGAAAUUAUUUCUCUAAAUCAAAUCGCGUACCGACACUGAUCAAUAAUUAUAUACGCAUUUAAAUAUUAAACCUAUUACUAUGUUACUAAUCUGAUUGUCAUAUACGUUUCUGUAAAAUAUUGAGUAUGUGUUGUUAAAAAGAAUAAAAAUAAUAAAUACCGAGAUAAUGA